AUGGCGCAAGACCCAACAACCAAGUCCCCGACUCCUCAACCUGAGCUGUCGAGAAGAGCAACUGCAGAUGCCAAGGUACUUCUUCGGCGACCGUCCUUCUUGUCACGCCGCGGGACAGCUAUCCUGGAUUUUCUGUCUUCUCUGAUGGGCCACAAGAAUCCGCUUGUUCAUCCCGCGGACCCCCGCAAGAACACCAUCUGGCUGUUGGACAACACGGCGUAUCAGUCACAAUCGGACUCGACGGGCCAAGGCAGCGCUGCAAGGUCGUGGAAAGCCGAAUAUGUCGCUUGUAUCUUCGAGACAAAUGGACGCGAAGACGUGGGCAAAGUCGUUGCGACGAUCGCUGAUCUCAUCGGUCUCGAUGGGGAAGUUGGCCCAGAUGGGAAAGCGUUACGCGAGCGCAUCGAACAGCGUGUGCAGCCGUUCAUCAACCAGGUCUCUCCUGCGCGGACGAUAGAGCUGGACAUUCCGGUCAACGGCACAGAACAACGGCAUCACCUCGGUGAUUCAGACGGCAACGGCAUCAUCAGUCAAGCGAUCGAUCUCGGUCAGCUUGGAGUGACCGAUGGAACGGUAAUUCGGCCUCAAGCCCGCGGCUUCACCGAGCCGACAACCGUGAUGGAGACCCGAUUCGCAGCCCCAGAAGGCUGGAUGGUCAUCUCGGACAUUGACGAUACCAUCAAGCGGACCAUGACGCGCGAGCCAACGGGUAUUCUGCGCACGACUUUUGCGGAAGAGCCUGUCGCGAUCGCCGGGAUGCCGGAGGUCUAUCAACGCAUUCAGAGGAGUCUCGAUCCAACGUGGUUCUAUCUCUCGGCCUCACCGUACAAUCUCUACCCUUUCUUGCAUCAAUUCGUGCACCAGCAUUACAGUCCCGGAACAAUCGUCUUGCGUGAUUAUUCCUGGAUGGAUAUUGGUGGGCUGAUCAAGUCCUUCACCGAAAAGACUCAGGAGUACAAGGUGGAUCGUAUGGAAAAGAUUCGGAGCUGGUUUCCGCAACGCCGGGUGCUUUGUAUCGGCGACUCGACGCAGUCUGAUCCCGAAGCAUAUGCGCAGAUGUACGAACGAUACGCGGAUUGGAUCCAAGCGAUUGCUAUCAGAAAGGUGACCGACGUGGAACAUAUGGAAGAAAAAAAUAAGCCCGAAAGAUUUGAGAGGGCCUUUGAGAAUGUACCUCGGGCGGUUUGGACGGUCUUUGAGAACGCAGAGGAGCUGGAUAGUGUAAUUGCACGGCUGGGACUUUAG